ACUAAACAUGUUUGCACAAGCUUUGAUUAUAUUGUUCCUUGGAAGCCAUAUCAAUGGCCUUGCAUUUGACGUGUCAUCCAAAAAUGCCAGGCUUUAUCCAAAUGUUGGCUCCCGUAUUGUUGGGGGUUCGGAUGCCCCCCAAGGUUCAGCUAAUCACAUGGUCGCACUCGUCAUAGGCGAUAGGAUCAAAUCAUUGAUGUGUGGUGGUUCUAUCAUCACCAGAAAAGACGUACUUACUGCGGCCCACUGUAUAGAAUUUGCCGUCAUUUGGGGAGAACUAUUGUCUUCAUAUCAAGGAGUAGUUGGCAGCUACUACUACAAUAUAAUAGACAAGAAGCUGACACUCCAAUUCACCGGUUUCUACAUCCACAAGACCUGGGACUCGCUGUCCAUCAAGGACGAUAUUGGUAUCCUGAAGACAGCUGGUAUACCGCUGUCGGAUAGAGUGGAGGUUCUGCCUCUCAACUUCGACUGGAUAGAUGGAGCGGUAAAGUGCGUAGUGACUGGCUGGGGGACUACCGAUUUCAUGAUGCCAAUUCCGGACCGUUUGCAAGCCCUCAACGUGUCCACCAUCAGCGGCGCUGAGUGCGUCCGCCGCAUCCGGGAGAAGGAGCAGCACGGCUGGUUGUCACCCCCCGUGGAGCCCCACCGCGAGAUCUGUACCUACCACUCACCAGGACACGGCAUGUGCAAUGGUGACUCCGGGAGUGCCCUCAUCCUUAAGAAGAUCAGGUCACAGAUCGGCAUCGUGUCCUGGGGCUUCCCCUGUGCCGUGGGUGCACCGGACAUGUUCGUCAGAGUCAGCGCGUAUAGGCGCUGGAUAUUGGAUACCGUUGGGAACAACUUGUGAUUGAUAAGAUUGUUAGUUGUUAUUGACCUUGGC